CAGAGGCCACCAAAGGCUCGCGCGGCGCAGCGCCCUCCGGAAGCGGCAGCGACGCCCUCGCAACCAUUCGGCCGUUUCGCGGUUAGUGGUGAUGCUUUGUUUAGGGGGCUUUUUUUUUCGCGGGCGCUCCAAAGGCUGCAAGCUGGACGCGCGGGCAGGCGUGGUCGCCCCUCGUUAAGGUUGACAGAUGAAGAUUGCCUGAGUGAUUUGCUUCUGCUACGUGCAGGCUGGCCUUAGUCACCCGUGGCCCUAGACCGCGUUGGGCGACGUGGGAUGGGCUUGCGACGAUUUUGGCCGCUCCUCUCCUCGUCGACACCUCGCACCACUGCCUUUGCAUCCUCUGCUUGUCUCUUGUGCCCCAAACGCAUUCCUCUCGCAGGGCCGAUCAGCAAUUUGCCGUCCGCCGCCCGUGCAUUCCUGCCCGUUCCUAAACGAGAGAAGGCUCACUUUGAAACCGACAAACUUCACGUCCUCCACGCCCGACACCCCAACACCACCCGCCAACUCCACCCGCUGCCGCCCAACGUGCUGCGAAGUCUCUCUAUCUGCCUCUCGGCCCCGCACGCUCAAGCUCCUCUGCUCUGCCUGCCGCCGUCUCUCCUGUGCGACCUGCCCUGCCCUGCUGCAGCCGCGACCCUGCUUGGCGGUGAAAUACGACUCGUUCGACCGAGCCACGACCUACGACAACAGCCUCUGCUGAACGCUGACAGCGCAACAACCAGCCGUUGCAGAGCCUUUCCCCGCCGCCGCACGCUUUUCCCCAGCCGACGCGGAUUGCACGCAGCCCUCUGGUACCCGUGCGAAGUCGCGUGAUUCCGCCAUCGCCACAGGGCGACUUUCUGAGGGGCUCGUAGCCAUUACACGCAUACCGUCUCCUGCUCUGUUCUAAACCACCUCCAAAGCACCGCUUGUGUUUGCUGGAGUCGGGGUUUCCCAGGGCCGUCGGUGAGUUUUUUUUUCUUCAAUUUUUUCGCGAGUCACAGAUUCGCCCGCGCUCUCCACCCUUCUUCUCC